CGUCUCUUGCUUCCAUCAGAUUCAAAAUCAGCCAAAUUAAAAACCUUCACUUUCACGUUAUUUGCUAUUCUUGUGUUAAGUAAGUUUAGAUAUGAAAAGAUAUAGAGAGGAAGCUGCAGGAAUGGAGACCGCCAUGGAUAUGGCCAGUUGCUUGAUGCUGCUCUCUAAAGUUGGUCAAACUGAUGAAACCACUGGUCGUUUAUUUGCAUGCAAGACAUGUAACAGGAAAUUCACAUCGUUCCAAGCAUUGGGUGGCCACCGUGCAAGCCACAAGAAACCGAAACUCAUGGGAGAUGAUUUGCUCAAACUACCCAGUUCACCCCCUAAGCCUAAAAUUCACGAGUGCUCUAUAUGUGGCCUUGAGUUCCCCAUUGGACAAGCUUUAGGAGGUCACAUGAGAAGGCAUAGGGGAAAUAAUAAUAAUACAGGUGAUGGGUUGGUGACUCAGUCUCUGUCACCAGUGCCAGUUAUGAAGAAAUCGACAAGUAAGAGAAUUUUGUGCUUGGAUCUGAACUUAACGCCGAUGGAGAAUGACUUGACAUUGCAGUUGGGGAAAAUAGUGAAGACUCCUGUUUUGAAUUGUUAUAUUUAAUUAGUUAAGACUUUGCACAUAGAAUUUUGUAUUUAUCAAUUUGGUAGUUAGAUUUUUUUUUUUAAUUCAGAUUUGUUAGUUUUUCUACUUACAAAGAGUCUUAAACAAACUUUCUUUUUCCCCUCACCAAA